AUGAAUCACGCAUCUCCACCAUCUAUGAACACUGACAGCGAGGAAACCAAAGUUUCCACUGACAAGGAUGAAGGCUAUCUCGAUCUGGAAGCUAGCAAUGCCAAGGAGAAAUCCCGCAUGGAAUUUGACUCUGGGUUUUCAUGUGUAUCACUUGAGAAUAGCAGCACUUCAUUUGCAGAGACAAAAGACGUUCAGCAUAUCAACUCACAAGAUGAAAAGAAAUUAGUCAGAACACUAGACAUCAGAAUCAUGCCUUUGUUUUGCUUGUUUUAUUUUGCUGAUUUUCUCGAUCGUGCAAACAUUGGAAAUGCAACCUUGGCCGGUCUUCAGACGGAUCUUGAGAUGACCGCAUAUGAAUUGAGCACAGCUAUAUCAGCAUUCUUUAUUACUUAUGUAAGAAGAUGA